AUGGGUGUUAUUCAUUCUGGAUUUGGUGGCAUGUCCGGUGGGCCAUCUUUUGCGGUGGAAUUGGGGAGGUUGGACGGGCUGAGCUCGACCGCGGAUAGCGUGGAAGGGAGAUUACCGCAACCAGAAUUUGAUCUGACCCAGCUUAACACCUUGUUCGCGGCGAAUGGACUCACUCAGACCGAUAUGAUAGCACUUUCAGCCGCGCACACCGUGGGUUUCUCCCACUGCAGCAAGUUCGCCAACCGCAUCUACAACUUCAGCGCGAGAAACCCAGUGGACCCCACCCUCAAUAGGUCCUACGCCUCCCAGCUCCAGGCCAUGUGUCCCCCGAAUGUGGACCCCACCAUAGCCAUCAACAUGGACCCCGUAAGCCCUCGUAUCUUCGAUAACCAAUACUUCCUCAACCUGCAGCAAGGAACGGGCCUCUUCACCUCGGACCAGGUCCUCUUCACGGACUCCCGGUCCAGGUCCACCGUCAACUCCUGGGCCCAAAGCUCCUUCGCCUUCCAACAAGCCUUCAUCACCGCCAUCACCAAGCUCGGCCGAGUCGGAGUCAAGACCGGCUCUGGUGGCAACAUCCGGCGGGAUUGCACCGCCUUUAAUUAGAAAAUGUGAGUAGCCUUGUUCAUAGAAAUUGAAUGGAAAGAGAAAGGUUUU